UCAUACCGCCCAGGAGUCCGUGAUAAUUUAUUGAAACAUAACUGAAAUCAUUUCUAAAAUAUUGUACAAUUGAACAAAACAUCGGAGAUAACAAUAUUCAGUUAAAGGUUCUGUAGAAACAAAAUAACGUGCGUAUUUCGUAAUAUUGGAAGAAUACAAUGUAAUACGGUUUAUCUAGGUGAGAAGACUUUAUUAGCAAUACAGCAACUGAAGAGGGUUUUAAAUGAAUACAUUCGAAAAUGCAAAAAUAUUUACACGUUUUAUUAGCAUUUGUCAUAAAAUCUGACAUAAUAGCUUUAUGCCUUAACACAACAGAGGCAAACAAUCUGUAUUCAAGCCUCCUUAUUGAUUACAACAGCAAACUAUUGCCCCUCAAAAAUCAAAGUGAAGCGGCGGAAGUUGGUGUUUUUGUUUAUUUACGUAGUAUCAACACAUUUGAUGAACUGUCCGGUGAAUUAGCGUUGACAUUAAUAUUUAACUUCACAUGGACGGAAGAACGUAUGUCAUGGUUACCUGAAGAUUAUGACGGGAAAAAAUCUCUUCUUAUAGCACCGGAAGACAUAUGGCGACCAAAAACUUUUGUACGUGAAUCGUUUGAUAAUAUGCAAGAAAUCGGCCAAGGAUCUGAUAUGUUAAGGAUCAACCAUGAAGGUAUAGUUGUGUUGACAAUGGGUUCUGUUACAAAAAUCACUUGUCCAGUUGAUGUGACAUUUUUCCCUUUUGAUAGGCAAUAUUGUUCUAUAACUUUGACUUCCUUUACAGUCAGGAGCGAUGAUGUAAGGUUCCUUUCUUUAAAACCAUCUCUUAUUACAACCUAUUGGACUGAAAACAGUCAGUGGUUUUACGAAAAUAGCAGUGUUUACAACUUUGCUAUUCCCGAUGGCCCAUCUGGAAUUAAAAUCAACUUCACAUUAAAGCGGCGAAGUGAAUUUUAUGCAAUUUAUAUAGUAACACCAUUAGUGUUUCUUGGAGGGAUGAAUAAUCUUGUGUUUUCUAUCCCAGCUUCGUCUGGAGAGAGGACAUCGGUGGCUAUCACAGCGUUCUUGUCAUUUGCUGUCUACAUGCAGAUAGUAAACAACAAUGUUCCACAAAGUUCGUCUCCUAUUGCAUAUAUUUAUUACUAUUUAAUGUUUCUUUUAUUGUAUAGUUCAUACAUAAUGUUUAUGUGCAUAGUGUCUAUGCGAAUAUAUGACAGGAAAGGGAAAAUACCGAUCGUUACUAAAUAUCUUGUAUAUUGUUUAAGAUGUAUGUGUUUUAAAAGGAUGUGCAGAAUUGGAAAAAUAUGUAUUGGUAACGACAAGACGCCCACAAGCGUGAUCAAUGUAGUAGAAACAGAUUUAAGCAAUGGUCAAAUCACUAAUGUUGAUUGUGAACGAGUUGAAUCUGAUAAAGAUCAGUCAAAGAAAGACUCCAAGGAAGAUGAUGAUAUAACUUGGACACAUGUCGGAGAAACAUUUGAUAUUUACUGUUCAUGGUUUAAUUUUUUGGUGUAUUGGACAAUUACCGGUUUUACAAUAAUAUGUCUGUAUUCAAAUGCAGAAAUUUUGAAAUCGUUCCGAUAAUACCAUAUAAAACAAUAAGAAUUUGAUUUUAACGCGUGUCAAACGGCCAUUUGAUGUAUAGCAGUGUAAU